GUGGCAUAAAAAUAGGAUUGCCAACAACUUGAGUGACGUCACGGCGACCAAUGUAUGGAGCUUCUAAAAUUACAGAUCAGAACAAAUUAUUAUUUCAUCGUAUACGCUUCAUUUUCUUCGAUAUUAAACACGAAAGUGACGAUAUUCGUGUACGGCGCGAGUGAAUUUAACUGAAAUAUACCAUCAUAUCGUACAGCAGUGCCCGAAAUAGUGAUAAUCUCCAUCGUCUUGGUUACCAAUAUUUUCUCUAAUUUAUGAAAAAAAUGCAAAGGAAGCGACGUCCGUCCAGGUUAAAAAGCGACUAAUUAACUAACUAUAAGCGUAAACAAACUAUGUGAUAUUGUUCUUCUUAAUCAACCAAAAUGCCUGUCGUCUCACCUUCAAGAUAUAACACCUCCUCGUCCAGUCUAUCUGGAUCAUACAGGUCAACUCUGACCUCGUCUUCGAGCGUCGAUAAACCCUACUACCGUAGCAGUAGCGGCACUUACGUCACGUCUACAUUGAGAAGUUCCUAUGGAGAUAGAACAACAGAGUAUAGAUCUAAAUAUUCGGACAUUGAUGGCAAAAGGGAGAGAAAGACCUCUUUAGUGGAAUAUUCUAGAUCUUCAAGAGCUCCAAGCGUCACGGACAGUGACAGCGGUAUUUCAACAAGAUAUAGGUCCGAGAGAAGCGAGUCCAGAUCUAGAGAUAUAUCUACGACCAGGAGCGAAAGCAGUAAGACAUCAGCCGAGCCGUUGACAAGGAACAAAAGGAAUGUUAUAAGCUCAGCAGCUCUCGCCAUGUCAACGGCGGAGUUGUACAAUAAAUACAGCCCGGCUAAUUACGUUCCGCUAACUCAGAGGCUUAAAGAGCAGCAGAAUAAUUAUGGGGAGAUAUCUAGGUCAAAAUCUAUCUCGAACGAUAUAGGCAGACCACCGGCCGCUGACCCGUCGAGAAUUAGGAAAGCUAGGAAUUCUGCCGCCACAAUAAGCGAGAAACCUGAAGGCAGAAGAGCGUACAAGGAAAGUUCGCCAACACCGAGCUAUAGCAAAAGAAACUCUAUGACAAAUGGCUCUAAAGACACAAAUGGAAAUGAAGUGCCAUCGGUUUCAGAGAUCAGAAAGAGAUUCGAUAGUAAAAUGACGGUAACAAAACUACCCACCAAUGAUACAAGGUACACCAAACCGUCCGUUGAACAAUAUCUGAACCAAUUGAAGGAUUGCGAGAACGGCACUGUUGGUUAUACAAAGAUAUUGGCGAAAGAUGAGAAGCCAGUGCCCGUACAUCUGCCGUAUGCUGAUAAAAACGGCGUAAACCACCGUUGGGAAGUCGGCUCGUCUAGUUCUAGGUCGAACUCCAACUCGGAUCUAUCCAUAAGCAAGACAAUAUCCGAACCUGUUUCAUUAGCUAAACCUGUCGUCGACAAAACUAAUCCCAUGUCAACAUCACUAACAACCAAGUUGCCAUCAGAUCGCCUAGCCAGCAUAAAGAGCCAGCUGGACCCUAACAAUCCCAUCGGGAAAAUUCUAGAAAAAUCCACAGUCAUACACGUAGAAAACGGGGAUGUAGAUAAGCGAGAAGUCACACCGAAAAAGGACAUUAAAACUGAUAUAGAGAAACAGGUUAAGACACCAAAACACACAUCUAACUUUGCUUCUUAUAUUCAGAUCUCCCAGCCAAUAGCGACGGGUACUUCCACGCCGAAAAGAGAAGUCAACAACGUAAAUGAUGAUACAAAUGAUGAACCGCGAAGGUCUAAAGUGAAACUUAAAUAUAUAGAUUCAGCUGAAGAUAGUUUAGUAUUAGAUAAUGAUAUUGAAUCUCCUAGUGGUACAGGUUUUGAGAAUAAGACAUUUGAACAUGAGAACUUUUUGAAGAAGCGUACAGAGAAAUCUGAAGAGGACAAAGGGCAAGAAGAUGGUGUAAAGUCUAUGGAAACAAGUUCGGAGAGUACUUUUAGCGAGGCGACCGAAGAUUCGAGUCCGGAUACACCGUCGUCUAGGAGAAGAGUUUUGGACGCCAAAGACUACGAUGAUAUAAAAUCGGAGUUGGCCGGUGGUAAGAGCGGGCCGAGCGGAAUCAGGAGAAGCGUUGAGAGAUCAGAUUCUGAACCGAGGGUCGAGAAACAGCAGAGUCAGACCAGUGGUCUGAACGGCCUCCGCAACAUUGGGAACACGUGCUUCAUGAACAGCGUCAUACAGUGCUUGUCCAACACGCGGCCGCUGCUGGAGUACCUCUCCGAUGAUAAAUACGAGUCGGAGAUAAACACCACGCUGUCGUGCAUGAAGGGCGCUCUCAUUAAAGCGUUCGCCAGCGUCAUCAAGGAGCUGUGGCGUAGUGGUGAAAAGGACUCUGUGGUGAACACGACCAGCCUCAAGUCCCAGGUUCAGAGGUUCGCGCCCAGAUUCAUGGGAUACAGCCAGCAGGAUGCUCAGGAGUUCCUCCGUUACCUGCUGGAAGGUCUGCACGAGGACGUGAACCGGGUCACCGUCAAACCGAAGCCGAUACUGACGGAAAUCGAUGACAAUCUUAGCGACUCGGCCAAGGCGGCGGAGGCGUGGGCGCGCUACCUGCGCGUGGAGGAGUCGCGCGUGGGCGGGCUGUUCGUGGGCCAGCUCAAGUCCACGCUGCGCUGCACGCACUGCCGCCACGACAGCGUCACCUUCGACCCGUUCUGGGACCUCAGUCUGCCUAUCCCGUCGCGCACGGGCAACCUGAAGCUGCAGCAGUGUCUGCAGCACUUCACCAGGGAGGAGGAGAUGGACGGCGACGAGAAACCGACAUGCUCCAAGUGCGGCGUUCGUCGUAAAUGUCUCAAAUGGUUCACUGUGCAAAAGUUCCCUCAGAUAUUGGUCAUACAUUUGAAACGCUUCUCACCGACCGAACGCUUUCGCGGCAAACUCAAUGUGCUGGUGGAGUUCCCUUUCAACGGGCUGGACAUGGGCCCGUACGCUGCCACCAAGCAGAACGUGGUGUACAACUUGUACGCCGUCAGCAACCACUCGGGCACAACUUACUCGGGCCAUUACACCGCGUACUGCAAGCAUCCUUAUACUGGGGAGUGGCACGAGUAUAACGAUUCGCGGGUGACCCCCAUAGCGGCUCGGAAUGUAGUCUCCUCAGAGGCGUACAUGCUGUUCUACGAGCUGGCACGAUCUUCACACUCGUAGCGAGAAAACAGAUGAUAUAGGAUAUGUACAGAAUGGCGGUUAUUUAUUUCAUUUAUAAUAAUAAUUAAUUAAUUGAUAAAUACAUUUCGUUUUAUGCAAAUCCCCGAAUAUUAUUUGGUCGCGGUAAUUUUAUUUUAUUGUAAAAUAUUGUAUCAUAAUAAAUUGUUUUUUUCUUUUUUUAUUUAUUUUAUAAACGCAUUGUUAAUAUUAUUUACGGUUCAGGCAACAUCUUAAUUUUUAAUUACAUCUUUACAAAUACAUGUAUAAAAUCACGUUUAUUUCCCGGCGGGGUAGACAAGAGUAAACCUUUCCAAUUUUUUUACAUCAAUAAAAUCUUUAACUCUAACAUAAGCAAGAGGUGUUGUUGGAUGUGAAAUUAAGUUACAAAAUUACUUUUAUUUAUUAAUUUUAUAUUUAUCGAUACUAGUAUCUUUGGUAUAAAUAUUUGGCAACACUAGUUCAAUUUCAAAAGAUACUUUCAUAGACCAAGGUAUCAUUUGAGUUUGAGUGUACCGCCUUAGAACCCAUCUUGCUUACCAUCAGGCAGACUUAGUUCGAAAGAAUUUAUAAAUA